AUGGAACCAGAGCCGUCCCCUGCCGCUCUCCUCGAGGCUAUCACAGCCCUCACAGCCACAGUCGGGUCCCUGCAGGACCAAAUCCGCGCCCAAAGCCAACAAAUCACUGAGCUUAGGGCCAUAUGCAAGGAAACAGCGGACCUUCUCGGGGAUAAGGAUCAAGGAGUCCCCCAAACCAAGCCUGGCCCAUCGACUGGGCCUGUCACUCCCCCUACCCACACAGGGGAGAAGCCCACACUCCAGGCACGGCCAACAAGAGGAACAGGAUUUGAUUCCGAGGAAGACAAAGAGCCAAGGCGCCCCAAAAAGGAGCCUCAAGGAACGCCUAGAAGGCACCUUGGGUCCCUCACCCCCUUCGAUGCUGGGUCCAGCGUAAAGAGACCCAAGAUGGACCUCCCCGACCCAUACAAGGGAGACACCAGGGGCCGCAAGGCCACCCAAUGGCUGGAUCGAAUGAUGCUCUGGGUUGCCCUUCACAGGGACCAGUUUGACGAAGAAGAGCAGAUGGUGGUAUGGAUCCUUUACCACAUGACAGACAAAGCAGCGGAUUGGGCACUUCCCCUCAUAGGGGCCAUCAUCAAGGGCGAGGGUAACCCGCCAACCACCAUCCAGGCUCUAACAGCCAAAUUCAAGGAGGCCUUUGCCAACCCCAACGCCAAACGGGCAGCCACCAGAAAAAUUGCGGUUCUCUCCCAAUCCACCACUACCUCCGAGUAUGUCACGGAGUUCUGCAACCUCAUGGCGGAACUAGACUGGAACGAGGAGGCCUAUAUCGCGCAGUUCACGCGGGGCCUCCACUGGAAGGUCAAGGAACUGCUAUCUACCAAAGAUAGCAUCCCUGACAAGCUCGAAGCCAUCUUUGCGGCGGCAAUCAAAAUUGACAAUAUCUGCCGCAAAAAUGAGGAGAAUUGCCCUAAAAAGGCACCAGCCAAGUCCCCGGCCACCGUGGCCACCUCCACAACCACCACCAGGGUCCGCCUAUCCAAGGACCCUAAUUAUGUCACCCCGGAGGAACAAGACCGCCGCCGCGCAGCAGGGUUAUGCGUUAAAUGCGGACAAAAGGGACAUGGAAUCAAACAGUGCCCCAACGGCUGGAAAGCUACGAUCAAAGAGGUUGCCAAGCCCCCGACUCCAAAAAAGGACAUUGUAGAUACUUGCGUAGAAUUUGUUUCUGUCGGACUCAAUUCUAAUAAAAAACCACUGUUAUUCAUUGAUCUACACAUCCAAAACUCCCAGGCAGAACCCGUCAAAACCCUUAUAGACUCCGGCGCUACCUCCAAUUUUAUAUUCCCCGCUCUCGUAGAAAAACUCAAAAUCCCAAAAACCCUACUCAAAAACCCACGAGUAGUGAGGAUGUUAGAUGGUACAAUAUCUCAGACUGGUCGCAUAUGGCACCAGGUUCAACUUGCGGUCUUGGCCAAUGGCCAUACCCACUCCAUCCCUUUCCUUGUUUGCCCCAUUGGCAACACCUCGGCUAUACUAGGCAUGACAUGGCUCACUGCAGAAUCCCCGCUCAUAGACUGGCAACAGGGUCUAAUCACGUUCCCAGAGCAAGUUCAGAUUGCCUCGGAAGAAGAAGCAGACCCAGACCCUCUAGCAGACCUCCCCUCUCAGUAUCACGAAUUUGCUAGAGUAUUUGGCGAAGAGGAGUUUAAGGUCCUCCCUCCACAUAGGGAGUACGACAUCUCAAUUGACCUCACUCCUGAUGCCAAGCUCACGCCAGGCCCAAUCUACGGCAUGACCGAUGCGGAAUCUAAGGCACUAAAGCAACAUAUUGAUGAAGAACUAGCCACAGGCAAGAUUCGCCCCAGUACUUCAUCAGCAGGCGCCCCGGUAAUGUUUGUAAAGAAGGCAGAUGGCUCCCUACAACUGGUUGUGGACUACCAAAAGCUGAAUGACGUCACCCAAAAGAACGUGUACCCCUUGCCAAGACAAGACGACCUCAUGGCCAAACUCAGGCAUGCCAAAAUCUUCACAAAACUGGAUCUACGUUGGGGAUACAAUAACGUCCGAAUCAAGGAGGGUGAUGAAUGGAAGACAGCCUUCCGCACCAAAUAUGGAUUAUUCGAAUACCUGGUUAUGCCUUUUGGCCUCACGAACGCCCCUGCAGCAUUCCAACACUUUAUGAAUGAUUUGUUCAGGGACCUAAUUGACGUAACGGUGGUGAUUUACCUAGACAACAUUCUCAUCUUCUCAGAAAAGCCAGAAGACCAUCCGAUCCACGUCAGAGAAGUCCUGUCCCGUCUUAUGAAGAACCAACUGUUCUGUAAACUGUCAAAAUGCCACUUCCACGUGACCACGGUUGACUAUCUUGGCAUUGUCAUAUCACCUGCCGGUUUUUCCAUGGACCAAAAGAAAAUUGAGGCAGUGACGUCCUGGCCCCAACCCAAAACAGUCAAGCAAGUCCAGGCUUUCCUAGGGUUUGUCAAUUACCUCCGACGGUUCAUCCCCAACUUUAGUUCGGUUGCACGCCCGCUCCAUAACCUCACAAGGAAGGAAACCCUCUGGUCAUGGGGCAACCUGGAGGAGUCAGCAUUCCAGGAAUUGAAGUCUCUGGUUACCAAAUCCCCGGUCUUGAUUCAUUCCAACCCAGCACUACCCUAUUACCUUGAAACGGACGCAUCAGGGGUAGCAAUGGGGGCCAUACUCAGCCAACGAGGUCCAGACAACCGGUUACAUCCCAUCGCUUAUAUGUCCAAGUCAUUUUCAGGAGCAGAAGCCAAUUACGACACCCACGAUAAGGAACUCCUGGCUAUCAUUAAGGCACUGGAAGAAUGGAGGAUAUUCUUGGAAGCAACGGAAAAACCGGUACAAGUCUUCACAGAUCAUAGAAAUCUGGAGUAUUGGAUGCAGGCUCGAACAUUUAACCAAAGGCAUGCCCGAUGGCGCGUAUUCUUGAGCAAUUUUAACUUUGAAAUCCACUAUCGCCCAGGAAAGCAAUCAGGGAAACCAGAUGCGUUGUCCAGGAGAUCAGAUUACGUAGACAUGCCCCCAGAGCCGGAGGUCAUGUUGCCAGAAGAAGUCUUUGCCAAUACCUCUGAGGAAGAAGUUGAAAUUGUCACGGAAAUUCGUUCCAGACUCAGGGAGGAUCCAUCCCUGGAACCCAUCAUCCAGUUCCUAACAGAAGACGCGGACAACGCACCCCCCUCCAUUCGGAAAGCUUACAGGGAUUACAACUGGGAAGAAGAACUACUAUGGUAUCGAGGGAAACUUGUGGUCCCAGAUUCAGAAGUCCUGAAGGAGCGAUUACUCAGGGAAUUCCAUGACUCCCCACUAGCCGGUCAUCCAGGUCAACAGAGAACCCUUGAACUCCUAAGUCGCAAUUACUGGUGGCCAGGCAUGAAAUCAUCCGCCAAAGAAUGGGUAGAAUGUUGCCCCACAUGCCAGGCCAACCGCCGAGCCCAUGCCCCGGUCAUCACCCUCAAACCUCUGGAAGUUCCCCCCUAUCCGUUCCACACCAUUUCCUAUGACUUUAUCACCGGAUUCCCAAAAUCAAACGGUCACGACGCAAUUUUGGUAGUCAUUGACUCCUUCUCCAAAUUUGGGCAUUUUAUCCCAACUACCAAGAAGGUUACCUCCAAGGGUCUAGCGGAUUUAUUCAUCUCACAAGUGUGGAAACUCCAUGGGCUGCCGGUCAGAACAAUAUCAGACAGAGGAACUAUGUUCACAGGAAAAUUCCUCAGGGCACUCUACCAACGUCUUGGAGUCAAACCAUCCUUCUCGUCAGCCUACCACCCGGAGUCAGACGGACAAACAGAGAGAGUGAACCAGUUCAUUGAGUUCUACCUAAGGUCAUACGUUGCGGCAGACCACUCGGACUGGGCCUCAUGGUUACCAUUAGCAGAAUAUGCCUACAACAACGCAAGACAUUCUGCCACUGGGAAAACCCCCUUUGAGUUGGUAUACGGACAAAACCCUGUUAUGAACCCAUCCAACGUCCCCGCAGAUGUCCCAGAAGCAGACCAAGUAGCCAACACCUUGGCCCGAGAAUGGAAGGAAGCAGAGGCAGCACUUAGAUUGACAAAAGAACGCAUGACCAGGACAACAGGGACGUUACCGGAAUACUCCGUAGGCGAAAGGGUCUGGCUAGAUGGAAAGAACAUAGAACUCAGGACAAACUCCAACAAGCUAAACCCCAAACGGCUAGGACCAUUCAAGGUUACAGAGAAGGUAUCCAGCCAUGCGUACCGUCUGGAACUCCCGGAAACCUUGAAAAUCCACGAUGUAUUCUAUGUAGGGCUACUAUCAAAGGCGCACAAAUCCCCAAGUCAGCCAUUCCCAAGCCGUCCCCCCCCUGAAACAAUAGAAGGGGAAGAGGAAUAUGAAGUAGAACAGAUCAUCGACUCCAAGCGUCAACGGGGAAAAUGGUUCUAUCUGAUCAAAUGGAAGGGUUACGGUCCAGAAGACAAUUCAUGGGAACCGGAAGAGCUAUUGGAACACAGCCGAGAAGAGAUCAAACGCUUCAACCAAGCUAGACUCAAAAAGGCUCGUGACUCCGCCAAGAGCCUUUAA